CCCCCCCUCCGCGGCCGCGGUGCUGCGGGACGCGCCGCUCGCCGCACCGGGACCCGCCGCCGCUGCCCAGGUGGUGAAGGAAGCCCGAAGCCCAGGACGGUGUGAGCAGGAGGGCUGCCAUGCGAGGAUGUGCCCGUGCCCUUGCUGACCUUCCAGCCGUCCCCGUCCCUGGCUUGUGUCCUGUCCAGCGCGAGGGCUGCAGCGGGGCGCUGCUCGGCUCGCCAUGGGAGGAUGCUUCUCCAAGCCCAAGCCAGUUGAAGUGAAAAUUGAGGUGGUGAUACCCGAGAAGGAGAGAAGCAAAGAGGAGAUGUCACCCAAUGGGAAAGCCAGCCCAUUGAUUUACAAAGUCAAUGGGACUGCCCGGCAUUAUCAUCUCGAGGAACAUCCCAUUGCCAGCAAUCCUUACCACAACCCAAAGGAUGUGGUGGAAGCAUCUGUGUGCCAUGUGAAGGACCUGGAGAAUGGACAGAUGCGUGAGGUGGACCUGGGCUGCGGGAAGGCGCUGCUGAUCAAGGAGAGCGGCGAGUUCUACGCCAUGGGACACAAAUGCCCUCACUAUGGGGCCCCGCUGGUUAAAGGGGUUUUGUCCAAAGGAAGAGUCCGCUGUCCCUGGCACGGAGCCUGCUUCAACAUCAGCACUGGUGACAUAGAGGACUUUCCUGGCUUGGACAGCUUGCCUAGGUUCCAGGUGAAGAUCGAAAAGGAGAAGGUGUACAUCCGAGCGAGCAAGCAGGCUCUUCAGACACAGAGGAGGACAAAGAUGAUGGCAAAGUGCAUCUCCUUGAGCAACUAUAACCUGAGCAGUACCAACGUGCUGAUCAUCGGUGCAGGUGCAGCUGGAUUAGUCUGUGCAGAGACCUUGCGCCAGGAGGGUUUCUCAGACAGGAUUGUAAUGUGCACAAUGGACAGACACUUGCCCUAUGAUAGACCAAAGCUCAGUAAGUCAAUGGAUUCCCACCCGGAGCAGAUCGCCCUGCGCCCCAAGGAAUUCUUCCGCACAUACGACAUUGAAGUCCUGACUGAAAUGCAGGUUGCAGCUGUGGAUAUCAAGAACAAGAUAGCUGUGUUCAAGGAUGGAUUUAAGAUGGAAUAUAACAAACUGCUGAUAGCGACUGGAAACACACCCAAAGCUCUCAGCUGUAAAGGCAAGGAAGUGGAAAAUGUUUUCAACAUCCGAACACCAGAAGAUGCAAACCGUGUGGUGAAACUGGCCACCAGCAAGAAUGUGGUUAUAGUGGGUGCCUCCUUCCUUGGUGAGCUCUCAUUUUGCAGACUUGCAUUUUUCAACUUUCCAUGUGUCCCUGCAGAUUGUCACAGACCCUCUCCUAGUCUGUCAUUACCCUGUUGGAGGUUGAGCUUCAGCAAGUCCAAGUGCAAGGUGCUGCACCUGGGUCGGGGCAAUCCCGGGCAUGAGCAGGGAAGGGAACGCAGAGGGUGCCAAGGCACGAGGGUGGGGCAGCGUGGGGCUGUGAUGUGCCUGCUGUCCCCACAGAUGUUCGAGAACCACAGGGUAAAGUUCUACAUGCAGACGGAGGUGUCGGAGCUGCGGGAGCAGGAGAACAAGUUGAAGGAGGUGGUGCUGAAGAGUGGGAAGGUCCUACGUGCAGACGUUUGUGUCGUUGGUAUAGGUGCCGUGCCAGCAACGGGAUUUCUCAAGCAGAGUGGCAUCAACAUCGACUCCAAAGGCUUCAUUGUGGUCAACAAGAUGAUGCAGACUAACAUCCCCGGAGUGUUUGCAGCUGGUGACACUGUGAUGUUCCCACUGGCCUUGAGGAACAAUAAGAAAGUGAACGUUCCUCACUGGCAGAUGGCCCAUAUGCAUGGCCGUAUAGCAGCACUGAACAUGCUGGCCCAUGGCACGGAGAUCAGCACCAUCCCCUACCUCUGGACUGCUAUGUUUGGGAAGAGCAUUCGAUAUGCAGGCCAUGGGGAAGGAUUUGAUGAUGUUGUGAUUCAAGGGGACUUAGACGAACUGAAGUUUGUUGCAUUUUAUACCAAGAGUGAUGAGGUGGUGGCUGUGGCCAGCAUGAACUACGAUCCUAUCGUCUCCAAGGUGGCUGAAGUCCUGGCUGCCGGCAGGACCAUCCGAAAGCGUGAUGUGGAGCUGUUUGUCCGUCAUGGCAAAACUGGCGAUAUGUCCUGGCUAACAGGGAAAGGCUCCUAAUGCCAGACGUGGCGGCGUCCUCCUGAUGCUGCGCUCACCUCAAGAAGAGAGCUGCAGCUCCGUGGAGCAAUUCAAAUACUGCACCUGAAUCAUUUUCCUUUGAGACUUGGAGGAACCUGGCCUCUUUCACCAAGCAGUCACCUUCCCAGGUAGCUCCUGUGUGUGCGAACUGCCAGUUCCGGGCCUGAGGGUCUGCAGCUGAAAUUCACACUGGAAAGUCAGGAAACGGAUCCUGGGGAUAGCAGGCUUGGCACCAGCAGCCAGCGUGGGCACCACAUGGCUGGCAAGGAGCUGCUGUGAACUGCAGACACUGGUGUCAGGGGAGCCAGUGGGAGCUGCAUCUACGCUCGUCAAGAAGCACAAUGAGAGCCCCCGAGCACGUCUGUUGUCCCUGUUAAUAGCAUGAGUGCCUUUCAUUGCUCUCUGUGGCCAAUACAUGCCCUCCAGCACAUUUCCCCUUCCCAAAUCCUCUUUCCUCCUAGCUCAGCGCAUCCCUGUGGAGCCCAGUAUCCGCACCCUCUCUGCACACUGCAUGGCUGCAGCAUUCACCUGUGGCUCUCCCCAGCCUCUCCCCAGCCCUCAGGAGCACCCUGGGUGGCCAGGGAGAUUUAGCAUGCGGAUGGCCUCAGGUUUGCCUAGCGUUCUUCAAGCCCGUGUUUGUGUUCUGAUCGUCCUCCGCUCUUUGUCACAUGGUGACCAAGCUACCUUUCUCAUCUCAGCUCUCCACAUCAGUGCUCUGCAGCUGUGUUUUACUCCUCUUGCUGGCAGAAGGGCCUCGUCCCUAGCUCAGGAGUGGGCCUGGCCAGUCCAGAGCCCCAGGUCUGUCAGCCGAGCAGAGCUGGGGGGAUUCCCCACAGAGCUGGGAGAUUCCCCACAGAGAGCUUCCAGUGCUCAGUCCUGGGGGAGCUUUGUUCUCCAUCUGUCACUGUUUUACUCUGAUCCCAAAGCCAGAUAAUUUAUAUUUUUAAUUUGAUUCACCCCUUAUGAAUGAAACCAGUG